GGCGUUGCAGGGCGCGGCCGCGGGUUAUAGGACACGCAGGGCGCUCGCGGAAGGGCAGAGCGCUCGCAGCGGCACCCGCGGGACCCCCAGCAGUUCCUGCGCAGGACCCCACGAGACCCGGAACCUUCGCAUCGGGCCAUGGCGGCCGCUCCGGGCGCCCGACUCCUGCGCGCCGCCUGCGCCUCCGUCGCUUUCCGUGGCCUGGACCGCCGGCGGCUGCUGUUCUGCGGGGCCCGCGCGGGGACUGCCGUCCCUCAGUGGCCCCCGAGCCCCGUCGUGCGUGCGGAGGGAGGGCCAGGCCGGCCGCUGAGCCUGUCUGCGCCCGCGCGGAGCAGCUCAGAAGAUAAGAUAACGGUCCACUUCAAGAACCGUGAUGGUGAAACAUUAACGACCACGGGAAAAGUCGGUGACUCUCUGCUAGAUGUUGUGAUUGAAAAUAAUCUAGAUAUUGAUGGUUUUGGUGCGUGUGAGGGGACCUUGGCUUGCUCUACCUGUCACCUUAUCUUUGAGGAUCAUAUAUAUGAGAAGCUAGAUGCCAUCACUGACGAGGAGAAUGACAUGCUUGACCUGGCUUAUGGACUAACAGACAGGUCACGAUUGGGUUGCCAAAUCUGUUUGACCAAAGAUAUGGACAAUAUGACUGUUCGUGUGCCUGAGGCAGUGGCGGAUGUCAGACAGUCUGUUGACAGGAGCAAGAAUUCCUAAGCUACAAUAAAAAGAAAUACUUUCAUGAAAGUCUUACCUACUUUUAUAAUUAUUUCUUAGUACAGCUAAGUGAUUACAUGACAGGAUAUAUUUCUCAGUAUGAAUAACUAUGCUGCCUUAAUUUAGUUUUAUAGUACUGAAAGUCUGCAUUUUUUUAUUUUGAUUAAAUUACUAAAAUGUCAGUCUAGUCAGGAUCAAUGGCACAUGCCUGUAAUCCCAACAUUCUGGGAGGCAAAGGCAGGCAGAUCUCUAUGAGUUCGAGGCCAGCCGCCAAGGCUGCACAGAAAACCCUGUCUUGAACAAAAAAUUUAAAUUAGAUGACAGUUGAUAAAAUAAACUCCUUAUGUAUUUUACCAUGAAUGUAUUCAGUGAUCUUAGCAAAACACAGCUUUGUAAUCUCAUGUCUGCUUUUUUUUUUUUUAAGGUAAGUUUAAAAAGAGUAUCAUUGGAGUUGGAGAAUUAGAUCAGCAGUUAAGAGCACUGGCUCCUCUACCAGAGGACUCAGUUCAAUUCUGCCACCCACAUGGCAGCUCAUAAUGGUCUGUAAUUCCACUUCUGGCCUCCACAAACACUGCAUACAUGCGUACAGUUAUGUGAUCAGGUAAAACAUUCAUACACAUGAAUUAAAAAUAAAAUUUCAAGAAACAGUUUUUAAAAACUUACCAUUACUCUUGUUUCAUGUGGGUGGUAGAAUUCUGAUAUGGCUUGACUAGGAUGUAACCAGGGACUCUGCUGGGACCCACAUCUUCUGACUUUUAUAUUCAGACUGAAACUGGAGAAAUUAUAAAGAUCGUAAUGGAGGUUGGCAAAAGGAGGGGCAAAGUUCACGGCACUAGAGGUGUUACAACCACAGAGCUGUGUUAUAGAGGACAUCAUGUGACUUCUCAAACAGUACAGAUACAAGAUUAUGCAAAACUGGCUGUGGCUGACAUGACCCACUGGGACUACUACAACUGGUCCUGUACUUCAUAGCAAAGGUAUUUCUGUAUCAUUAACCUUAAAAAAAAUCUGUUUAUAUUGUCCACCUGGUACAAGGACAUAUUCAGAAACUCCACUUAGAGAUAAAGAGGGAGAGAGUUAACCCUAUUCAGGGAAAAUGUUGAUCCAUUUCUGGAAUUCUUUAGUAAACUUUAACUUAUGAAUAAUUUCCCCCUUUUUUUUGAAAAGGAAUAAAUAUAGUUGAUAUUUAUUAGGCAGAAUAGGGUACAUUAUAUUAUAUUAUUGUUAUUUAAUAAAAACAGAAUUCUCCUCUUUUUAAAGUUUGCCCAUAAUGCACUGUUCCAAAUCCCAUGCUCAAAUCCCAUGUCACUCAGAAACCCUCAUUCACCUGUACAUGUGUCUUUUUGUACUAUAAUAAAACCUUUCCUCAGUUC